AUGUUGGGUCUCCCAUCCUUCGUGUUCAUUGGACUCGUCGUUGCCCAAGCUCUACUGGCGGUGCGCAGCGUUCAAGCAGACAACGACUCUUUGUACCACAAUGGUCCUAGGGUUCCAUUCGUCGAUUAUCCCGGUAUGGCAGCCGCGUCAGCUCAGGCCAUCGGCGAGCCUCUUCCCUAUGGCCAGCAUGUCCCCGAGUGCAAAGCCGUGAAGAAGCGCGUCGAAUGGCGCACCCUGACGUAUGACCAGAAGAAGGACUAUAUGCGGGCGAUCAAGUGUCUCCAGAACAAGCCAGACUACGGCAUUUCCCCUCAAUAUCCCACUCUCUACGAUGCAUUUGUAUGGGUCCACACGACGAAUUGGACGGACUAUCAUCUCAAUGCCUGGUUCAUGCCCUGGCAUAGAUGGUUCGUCUGGAUCCAUUCCGAAGCAAUGGAGAAGGUUUGCGAUUACUCUGGACCGGUUCCCUACUGGAACUACACCGCCGACUAUCAAAACUUCUUGGAGUCUCCGAUCUUCUCCAGCGAUCCGAACAUUGGUUUUGGCUCGCAUGGCAAUACAGCUGUCAACGUAUCAGGACUCAUCGGCUUCAAAGUCGACAAUGGUGCCUUUGCCAAUAUGAAGGUCAACAUCCCCGUGACGCAUUACCUUACUCGCAACUUCUCGGCAUGGAAGACGCUUGACCCAACUGGUCAAUACGGCGUCGCUUUUGGAGAGACAUUCUCUCCCGCUGCCGUCGCUAGGGCAUUGUCUUCAAACAAAUUCUCCGACCUAGAGGCUGCCAUCGAAGGAUUCGAUAAUACGCUACACCUUGGGAUCCACAACUCGCCCCAUUUCUUCAGCAGCGGCGAUUGGACUGGACCUUUCUGGACAAACAAUACGCAGUGGUUCCCUCAGAUCGCUGUGGCUCCCAACGACCCAAUCUUUUGGAUUCACCACGCAUAUGUCGAUCAAGUGUUCUGGUCGUGGCAGCAGAAGCCCGGCAAGCAAUGGCUGUUCAACGGAAAUAUUCCAUGGGACGAUCCGACGGACAACAGUGCAAAAGCGACGGACCGCCUGCCAUUCUUUGGACUCGGACCUAAUCCGCCCAUAAACCUCACUUUAAAGACGGAAAACUGGCCCAUGUGUUACACGUACUAG